UUUUUUUUUUUUUGAGUUGUCAGUGCCCGGCAGCUUCCCAGAAUUGCGCGGCGUCUUGCCCGGCGUCUGAGCGUAAACACAGCCCAAACGGGUGAAAGCGGCGCCAUCUGGACAUCGUUUGCAACGCGUACCGUCCCUGCAGCGCUUGCGGCGGCCCUGAAGAGCUAGCACCAACAAAGAUGCCUGCCCUGGAGAAGCUGCUGCCCCUGCUGGCGCUGCUGCCGCAUGCGGCGGCCACCAGCAUGAAGAUCGACUACCUGCGCCUCACGAACGUGCGCACCGACCCAAUUACUGAUCCCGACGGACUUUCGCCGCACGUCCACAGCUUCUACGGAGCGACCGAGGCCGCGCCGGGCACGACCUACGAGACUCUGCGGAACGCGGCGGGGAACACGGGCAACGUCGAGGAGAACAAGAGUCUGUAUUGGCACCCGACGAUCUACCGGUACGUCGACGGACAGUACGAGAUCCAGGACACGUCCUACUUCAGCACGUACUACAUCUGGCCGACGGGCGCCACGACGGCCUUCCCCGACGGCCUCAAGAUGAUCGGCGGCGGCGCCGGUUACGAGGCGGCGCGGCAGGAGGCCGACUGCUCGAACCCGGGGCCCUGCCCCGACGGCGUCUGCGACCGGUGGAACGACUUCUUCCCGGCGACGAGCUGCGACGAGCUCGAGCUCUCGAUGCUCAUGCCAUCGUGUUGGGACGGCGUCAAUUUGGACAGCUCCGACCACCGCUCGCACAUGGCGUACACCAAGAACAGCGAGGCCGACGGAGAGUGUCCCGGCACGCACCCGGUGCGGCUGCCGCAGAUCGCCGUCUUCACGCGCAUCGCGCCCUACCAUGGCGGCAUUCAUCUUUUUAGCGAUGGCACCGGCUACUUCCACGCCGACUAUUUUAGUGGGUGGGAGGCCGCACAACUCCAGAAGGUGCUCGACGAGUGCGAGAACGACUCCAUGCAGUCGGCGCCGGACGCCUGGUGCGAGGACCACGUGACCUUUCGCGACGCGCCGAAGUCUGAGGACGUCGAGGACGAGGAGCUCCGCGAAAAGCUCGUCCCGUUCCAGCCGGCGCCCUUCGACGCCACGCGGAUCCUCAGCGAGGCCGUUGACGGCGUCGCGGACCUGCCCGGGGGGCUCCAGCCCGUCAUCGACCCGACCGCCUCGACGGCGACCAAUACUGAAGAGCACUGCUUCGCCGAUGCCACGAACACGUUCCACGUCUGGGUGGAUCCCUACGCGUCGGAGCUCGGCAGCUGGAAAUUCCUCGAGUGCGGCGACACGCCGAUGCCCAUCCUCGCUGUCGAGAAGGGCGUGACCUACACCUUUGAGCAGUUCGACGCGUCGGUUCCCGCGCGGAAAACUUCAGCCUGGGCGCGUGGCCGUACGCCGUCGCCGCGACCGCGAUCGGUCGAACACGCAGGUCGAACUGGUACCACCCCCUGGCGUUCGGCACGGAGCCCGACGACGACGAGGACGACCUGGCCACGUACUACCUGAACGGUAAUCAAAUAGACGAGGACGCCUACGAGGACGCGUUCGUCGUCGCGCGGGAGGCGUGGCUGGACGCGUCGGGCCAGAGCCAGGACGAGGACGAGGGUGAAGGCGGUGACGAGGGUGAGGACGAGGCGGAGGAAGCUGAUGAGGAGGAAGCUGACGAGGAAGAAGGCGACGAGGAGGAGGAUGCCGGCGAAGGCGGCGACGAGGACGCCGACGCCGACGAGGACCGCCGCACACUGCAGGCGGCCGCGGGCUACUCGGUGACGCUCACAGUCACCGACGAGGUUGGCGACGAGGGCGAGGACGCCGACGAAGACAGGAGACUGCAGGCGGGUGGAGACCUCUUCUACAUGUGCAACGGAGUGCGGAAAUCAACCAGUGCGUCGGGUGCACAAUUCUUCACUAAGUCAUUUCCCGGCGAUGACGCGGCCGUCCUGGCUCGGUCGAGCGGUGGGGAACCGGCAUCGCCACGCCAUCGAGCAGGCGCUGCGUCGAUGGCGUGGAGGACGACGCGGCGAUUCAGCACGAACGCGCGGUAAAAUUUUGAUUUCCACCCAGGUGCAACGUGCACAACUACAUGGCCGGGCGCAUCAAGGUCUACGAGAACGGCGCCCCUUUAAAUCCGGAGGACACGCCGGCCCUGCUGAAGGAACCUGAUGUAGUAUCAGAGUACGAUCAAUCUUGCGGCACUUUUGGAGUCGGCGACUACACGCGUAGUUCCGGGAAGUGCCCCGCCGAUGCCUUCAUCUGCACCGAGGGCGACGAGACGCCCGAGCAAUUACUAUUCGGAGAGUGCAUGUACGCGCUGGACUGCCACAUGCAGUACAACAUGAAAUCGAUCCUCGCGAAUAGCGACCCCAUCGUCACUUUUAUUCAUCAGAUGAUCCCGCACCACCAAAACGCGGUCAACAUGGCGAAAGCGCUUCUCAAAACGAACACCCUCGACGCUUCCGACGAAGGUGAUAGGGAGAUGGAGAACAUGAUGUGGGCGAUCAUCUGUGUGGAAAUCAACCGGUGCGUCGGGUGCACCCGACAAUUCUUCGCUAAGUCAUUUCUCGGCGAUGACGCGGCCGUGCUGGUUCCGUUCGAGCGGUGAGGAACCGGCAUCGCCACGCCAUCGAGCAGGCGUCGCGUCGAUGGCGUGGAGUUCGACGCGAACGCGCCGUAAAAUUAGAUUUCCACACAGGCCAUCAUCAACGGCCAAAACUUCCAGAUCCACCAGAUGCAGGACUACCUCGCGGAGAAGAGCUACGCGGAGUCGGACAUCUGCGAGGACUCGCCGUCGAUGGCGCCAAUCUUCGCGCCGACGCCGCGCCCAACGCCCUCGCCGACUGUGUCUCCGGGCAACCCGACGUCAGCGCCGGCGCCCGCGCCCACGACCGCCCCCGUGACUCCCGCGCCUGUCGCCCUCGCUGCCGCCGCCGAGAUCAUGCCGGCCGCAUCUUCAUCAUCAUCGUCGGGCAGCUCCGACACGAUCACGACGACGGCCUCGGGCAACAUCAUCGCGACGAUCUGCGUCGUCGCUGCCGUGCUUAUUGUUGGGGCGUUCGUCGCGGGGCGCCGGAGCGUCAAGACCCCGGCGCCGGCCCGCGAGUACUUCGGCGAGUCGGGCCGCGACGCUGUCGAGACCGACAAGGUCUAGCUCACUUCUACUGCUUGAACUGCUUGAUGCUCCUCGAUCGCCCACGUCGGAGGAAGCUCGCUCUUUUAACUUGGCUGGUUGUGUUUUUUUUCGAGCCUGAGCCUUGUGCAAUAGGGUACGUCACGCAAGUCGUCACGCCGGCGGCCGCCGAACUCCGGACGAGGGGGAACACGAUGCGCGUACAGUGGCGGCUCUGAGUCGUGGCGGUCCUAGGACUCCGGGAGACUGCGGGUCGUCGAUUUAUCGGCGGCGGGCGUUUUUGUUUGGUAAAAACCCGUUUUGUGAAGAAUACACAAAUCGACUGCAAACGCCGUCCACGCCUCAAGUACCACUCUCUGACCCCUGCAUGCGUCGCUAUGCGUUCUCUGCUUGGCAUUUCGCGGAGGCCUCUGCGAGGCUCACAAAGCGGCUUGGGGCCGCCGCCGCAUUUGUCUAGGACCGCCGUGGGCGUAUAUUUAACAUAGCAGGACUCAUCAGUCCUUGCCUUUAAGCCGCCUGCUGCAGCACCAGCGCCUGCGCGCGCCGCCGCCGCGGGCGACCCGAAUUUAACAGAGAGAGCGGUCUCCCGCUCCGGCCGCGCUUACGCCAACGCAGCGCGCGCCGCACGCGAGCGACCGAAAGAGCGCAACAACC